CUAGCCGCCGCAUAGCCGCCUCAGCUCUGCCCACCGCCGCCCCCGCUGCCGCCGCCCCCGCCCGCCACGCCGCCCCUGCCCCGGCCGCCCGCCGCCGAGCUUGGGUGGAGGAGCGGUGCGGAGGAGCGGCGCGGGGUGGCCGGGCGCGGCAAGCUUGGGCGGAGGCGGCGGCGCGGGGUGGCCGAGCGCGACAAGCUCGGAGGAGCAGUGGUGCGGCCAGGCACGACGAGCUCCCUCCGCUGUCCGCCCAUGCGGAGGUCGUGGCAGGAGCGGCGCGACGCGGCCGGGCACGGCGAGCUCCCCUCCACCCUCCGCCGCACGGAGGCUGGGGCAAGGGCGGCGCCGAGCCUGCGUGGUGGCCUGGGCAGGGGCGGUGCGACCCAGCCGGCACGGCGAGUUCUCUUCGCCCGCGCGGAGCCUGGGGUAAGGGGUGGCCAAGCAGCGCGCGGCGGGCGGCGCCGAGCUCCGGCGCAAGGGCCGGCGGCGCGUAGCGGGGCGGUCUGCGCGGCUUAGGCCGAGGAGCGAAGCGGGGCAGCCGGGCGUGACGAGCUCGGAGGAGCAGCGGCGCGACCAGGCACGGCGAGCUCCCUCAGCCCGCGCGGAGGCCAGGGCAGGGGCGGUGCGACGCAGCCUGGCACGGCGAGCUCCCCUCUACCCUCCGCGGAGGCCGGGGUAGGGGAGGCGCCGAGCCUGCGUGGCGGCCUGGGCAGGGGCAGUGCCUCUCUACAGAUUCUUCUUCGCAUGGCUGAGUACAAAUCAUCGGCAUCAUCUCUCUCUUCUUCUUCCAAAGAAGCACUAGCUAGCUCUCUCAUUCCUACGAGAUGCAUAGCAGUAGCAGCAUAUCCACAUCCUGCAUCACUCAAGCAUCUUCUCCUAUCUCCUCUCAUUUUUCUUCGUCGAAGCAACACUAGCUACAGUGGCUUACUUUGUUCCAAUCGAAUUGCAUCCAAAUCCAAUCUCUAGCAGCAGCAACCCUCAAAUCAUCUCUGCUUUUCAUGCCAGUUCUCUGUUCUUUUCUCAACCACACAGGAGCAACAGCAGCUGAGCAAGGCCGCAACUUCUCGUCUUCUCUCGUCCAUCUCCCUCAAAUCAACAACAACAGCCUUUAUUGUUGUAUGGCCACUGCGCCACAUCCAGCAGCCUCCAAUACACCGGCACUAGCACGUUCUCCGUGCUCUUCAUUGCGGGCAUCAACGCUUCCAUGAAUGAUGCCCUCAACGUGUUCGAUGAAAUGGGUGCAAGGGUUACCAAUCUUUAUGAUCCAAAAGUAGUACCUACGUCUGUGGUCAUGAGAUCAAGGUCUACCGGUCCAAUCUCCGUUCCGCGUAUGUGUGACGGAAAAACGCUGUCUAAUUGGAACCCCAUUUUUCCUUGUGUUUUCCAGCCAUGCAUGCUAGGUGUUACGUCGUUGUUAGUUGUUGCUCAGUUUACGUGGACCGCAACGUCUUAUUCCACAACUUUAUGUGGUCACCAGCCUUUGAAAAUUCUCCGACGUGCUCUUCAGUCAAUGAAGUUAGAUAGAUCUUUGGAUCGCAGCAGGAAUUUAAGAGCACACACAGCUCAGGCCUUCUAGCACUCUACUAGCAGAUAGCUUUGCUCAUUGCCAGGUACUGCAUACACAGACCACACCACUUACUAUGCAUCCCUCCGCUGCCAAGUUCUUGCUUCUUCUCGUGGCCGCCGCCUCGAGCUUCUUGUUGGUGGCAUCGCAUGGACUGCCGCCGCGGCAGCUCAAGCGGAACGCGAGCUGCUUGCCGCACGAGAGGGACGCGUUGCUGGCCUUCAAGGAAAACAUCACCAGCGACCCUGAAGGCAUCCUCUCGUCGUGGCGACGAGGGCGGAAAGACUGCUGCCGGUGGAUGGGCGUCAUCUGCAGCAGCCAAACCGGCCAUGUCCUCGAGCUUGAUCUAAGCGAUAGAAAUUUGGCAGGCCAGAUAAGUCCUUCCUUACUGUCUCUAGAGCAUCUGGAGCACUUGGAUUUAGGCGGCACAUACUUAUCUGGUCAUGAUGGUCAUUUUCCCGAAUUCCUGUGUUCUUUCAAAAACUUGCGAUAUCUCAACCUCUCGUUGUUGUCGUUUGCGAGCAGACUGCCUGCUCAACUUGGCAACCUUUCCACAUUAGAAUACCUUGACCUCACCGACGCAUACUCUUUGCCGAGUGAGGUGCCGCCUCAGCUCGGUAACCUCUCAAACCUGCGACAUCUUGAUCUCGCUCAUAAUUAUUUGUACACAACUGAUAUCUCAUGGUUAGUUCGUCUUCAUCAGCUUGAGUAUCUUGAGAUGGCAGGCAUAAAUCUAAGUACAAUAGAUAAUUGGCUUCAUGCGGUAAACAUGAUUCCAUCUCUGAAGUCUCUCUCCCUUUCGAACUGCUCCCUUCCCAGAGCAAACCAAUGGCUCACUCACAUAAACCUCACAAAACUUGAGAUGCUUGAUUUAUCCAUGAACUACUUUGGGCAUCCAAUUGCAUCCAGUUGGUUUUGGAACAUAACAAGCAUUCAACACCUCGGGCUAAGUUCAACCUAUCUUUACGGUCCUUUCCCUGAUGCACUAGGACGAAUGACGUCCCUUUAUUACCUGGGAUUUACGAAAAAUGGAAACUCAGCCACGAUGGCAGUGGACUUGAAAAAUCUAUGUGAAUUACGUACUCUGGAGCUCGAUGGGAGCCUAUCAUCUGGGAACAUAACUGAGUUCAUAGAGAAGUUGCCACAAUGUUCUACUAGCAAAUUAGGCUGGCUAAGUUUGAAAGAUAAUAAUAUGACAGGAAUAAUGCCACAGGUAAUGGGGCACUUAACCAGCUUAACUGCUCUUAGCCUAUCUAACAACAGCAUUAGUGGAUCUAUAUCACCGGGGCUACAGAAUUUCACUAGUUUGGAGGAAUUAUAUCUCAGUUCCAACUACCUUAGUGGCCAGAUACCAUUGCUGCCAAGAGGCCUCAAAAUGUUGGAUGUCUCCGUGAACUUCUUGUCUGGGCAUUUGCACUUCGGAGCUCCAAAUAUUGAAGUACUAAUUCUAUCCUCUAAUAAAAUUACUGGUCCUAUUCCUGAAAAGUUUUGUGAGUUGCAAUAUCUACAUGUCUUGGAUUUGUCAAACAAUUAUUUCGCGGGAGAACUUCCUGUAUGUUCUUCGAUGCCAUACCUACACUGCUUGCUCCUAAGUUACAACAAAUUUUCUGGAAAGUUCCCAUCCUUGAUCCAACGCCUCUCCAAUCUAACUUUGCUUGAUCUUUCAUGGAACAAUUUCUAUGGGACAUUACCAAUAUGGAUCGGACAUCUGGCAGAGCUGCGAUUCCUAGAUCUGAGCCACAACAUGUUACAUGGGAGUAUUCCAGCGAAUAUCACACAUCUUAGACGACUUCAACUCUUAAAUUUAUCAUUCAACAAUAUAUCAGGAUCAAUUCCUCAGUCAUUAUCAAAGCUAAUGGCAAUGACAAUAAUAUAUCAGGAUCAACCUGAUUGGUACGUAGGUUGGGUAAAUAAUGAGUUCCUAGAUAUUUUGUCUGCAGUGACGAAGCAUCUACAACACAAGUAUGCCGCACAAAGUAUUUUUUAUAUUGUUGACAUCGACUUGUCUGUCAAUCAUUUAAUUGGAGGAAUUCCAGAUGAAAUAGCUUCUCUUGAUGGAUUGAAAUACUUAAAUUUGUCAAGGAAUUGCUUGAGAGGAAACAUUCCAAAGAAUAUUGGCGCUAUGGAAUUAGUGGAAUCAGUUGACUUCUCAUGGAACAGUCUUUCUGGUGAAAUCCCUGCAAGCUUGUCAAACUUGACAUUUUUAAGUGUCUUGGACUUGUCAUAUAACAAUCUAUCAGGAAGAAUACCGUCUGGGCGUCAGCUUGAGACCGUCUACGACAACAACCCAACUAUGUAUGAUGGGAAUAAUAAUCUCUGCGGACCCCCUCUUCAGAGAAACUGCUCAUCAGGAAAUAGUGAUCCUAAGCAUGGUAAUGAAAAGGCAAGCGGAGAGAAUUCAGAAUCAUUGUUCUUUUACUUGGGACUUGUAUCAGGGUUCGCAGUUGGCCUCUUGGGGGUGCUGUGUUCUGUACUCUUCAAGAAGCCAUGAAGAAUUGCUUUUAUCCAGUAGCAGAUUUAUUGUUGUGUAAUCAUACAUCAUCAUUUUAAUUUGAGGCCGGCACUCUGUUGGGGUUGGAUAUAUUAAUAACAUGUGGGAUUGCAUGUGGUCA